GUUUCCAGUCGGGUUUGCCUUUGGCUUGGGCUUCGAGACCUCAAGCGAAGUGGCCGUGCUUGCCAUGGCUUUGACCUUGGACUGCCAGGGCAUGUUGGCGUGGGUGAUGCUUCUCCCAUUCAUGUUCUUGGUCGGGAUGUGCCUCAUAGACACUGCCAAUGGGAUCCUCAUGGCGUGGGUUUAUGGAUCGGGAAAAGAUGGCAACAAGCAGAGGCUGUACUACAACAUGGUCGUGACAGCAACGUCGGCUGCGAUCGCUCUCCUCGUCGGUGUUUUGGAGCUGCUGGGUGUCAUUGCAACUCGUGAAGAUCUUCAUGGUCCGUUUUGGGAUUUUAUCGUGGAGCUCAACAAUGACUUUGAAACCGUGGGAAUCGUGAUUGUUGUCUUCUUUCUGUCAAUCGCUAUGGCGGCAUACGUUGGCUUCAAGUAUCUAUUCCCGAAUGAGGAGGCACUCCUGCAUCAUAGAGUGUCUGUGCAUGGCCUCCUUUCAUGA